CUCAAGAAUUUUAUUUACACGGCUUAAAAAUGCCAACAAAUGCCCACAAAUACAGCAUUUUGCUGCCCACCUACAAUGAAAGGGACAAUUUACCAAUUAUAAUCUGGCUGAUUGUGAAAUACAUGAAGGCCAGCGGCUACGAAUACGAGGUGAUUGUGAUAGACGAUGGCAGUCCGGACGGAACAUUGGAUGUGGCCAAGGAUCUGCAGGGUAUCUACGGCGAGGAUAAGAUUAUCCUCCGGCCACGCGGCUCCAAGCUGGGCUUGGGAACAGCCUAUAUUCAUGGUAUUAAACAUGCCACUGGAGAUUUUAUAAUUAUCAUCGAUGCGGAUUUGAGUCAUCAUCCCAAGUUUAUACCGGAGUUCAUCGAGCUGCAACAGAAGGGCGACUAUGACAUAGUUUCGGGCACUCGUUAUGCCGGAGAAGGCGGCGUCUAUGGCUGGGACUUCAAGCGCAAGCUCAUCUCACGCGGCGCCAACUACCUCUCGCAGGUUCUGCUGCGCCCCAAUGCCAGUGACCUGACCGGCUCAUUCCGACUCUACAAAAAGGAUGUCCUAGAGAAGUGCAUCGCGAGCUGCGUGUCGAAGGGCUACGUAUUUCAAAUGGAAAUGUUGGUACGAGCGCGACAACACGGCUACACCAUUGCCGAGGUGCCCAUCACAUUCGUGGAUCGCAUCUAUGGUACAUCCAAGCUGGGUGGCACCGAGAUCGUUCAAUUUGCUAAGAAUCUGUUGUAUCUGUUUGCUACUACAUAAGCAAGAAGUCAAGAGACCAUAAAUGAAACAUGCGCCGGACUGAGUGGAUUUUUAAAUUAAUAAUUUCUUUGGAUUUUCUUUGCAUUGUUUGUACAUUUGGUAAGAUUUGUUUAAAGAAUUUUACAUACAACUAAUGAA